CCGAAAGAGAGGGGCGUCCCAGUCUCCCGGCUCUAGCCCGGGGCCCGGCGCUAAGACCCAGCAGGAGCUCCGGGGGAGGGGCGGGGGUGGGGUGGGGUGGGGUGGGCUGGAGCCCGACGGUCGCCGGCUGCUCCGUAAGCCUCCGGGCUUGGCGCGGCAUGGCUCGCGCGGCGUGGGGGCUGCUGUGGCUGCUGCUGGGCAGCGCCGGGGCUCAGUACGAGAAGUACAGCUUCCGAGGAUUCCCCCCGGAGGACCUGAUGCCCCUGGCCACGGCCUACGGCCACGCUCUGGAGCAGUACGAAGGCGAGAGCUGGCGCGAGAGCGCGCGCUACCUGGAGGCGGCGCUGCGGCUGCACCGGCUGCUGCGCGACAGCGAGGCCUUCUGCCACGCCAACUGCAGUGGCCCCGCCACCUCGCAGCCUCGGCCCGCGCCGGGCCCGGACGGCGACCGCGACGGCGGUGAUGGCGAGGACGAGGACUGGGCGCGCGAGCUGCGGCUCUUCGGCCACGUCCUGGAGCGCGCCGCCUGCCUGCGGCGCUGCAAGCGGACGCUGCCCGCCUUCCAAGUCCCCUACCCGCCGCGGCAGCUGCUGCGCGACUUCCAGAGCCGCCUGCCCUAUCAGUACCUGCACUACGCGCACUUUAAGGCGAACCGACUGGAGAAGGCGGUGGCUGCGGCCUACACCUUCCUCCAGAGGAACCCCAAGCACGAGCUGACUGCCAAGUAUCUCAGCUACUACAGGGGGAUGCUGGAUAUCGGAGAUGAGUCCCUCACCGACCUGGAGGCCCAGCCCUACGAGGCUGUGUUUCUCCGGGCUGUGAAACUCUACAACAGCGGGGACUUUCGCAGCAGCACAGAAGACAUGGAAAGGGCCCUGGCUGAGUAUAUGACGGUCUUUGCUCGGUGUCUUGCUGGCUGUGAGGGGGCCCAUGAGCAGGUAGACUUCAAGGACUUCUACCCAGCCAUAGCAGAUCUCUUUGCAGAAUCCCUGCAGUGCAAAGUGGACUGUGAAGCCAAUCUCACCCCCAACGUAGGUGGCUUCUUCGUGGACAAGUUCGUGGCCACCAUGUAUCACUACCUGCAGUUUGCCUACUACAAAUUGAAUGAUGUGCGCCAGGCUGCCCGAAGCGCUGCUAGCUACAUGCUCUUUGACCCCCAGGACAGUGUCAUGCAGCAGAACCUGGUAUAUUACCGCUUCCACCGGGCUCGCUGGGGCCUUGAAGAGGAGGACUUCCAGCCCCGGGAGGAAGCUAUGCUCUACCACAACCAGACCUCUGAGCUUCGGGAGUUGCUAGACUUCACACACAUGUACCUUCAGUCAGAUGACGAGAUGGAACUGGAGGAGACAGAACCGCUCCCGGAGCCUGAAGAACCUCUUUCUGAUGCUGAGUUUGAAGGCGAGGGCGACUAUGAGGAAGGCCUCUAUGCCGACUGGUGGCAGGAGCCAGAUGCCAAGGGUGAUGAGGCUGAGGCCGAGCCAGAGCCUGAACUGGCAUAAGAUGGUGACAUGGUGCACUCUUCAAGCUCAGGACAUCUGGCUGGGGGCAAGAACUAUUUAUUAAAACUUAAAAUAGCCAGGUGUGGUGACACACACCCUUAACCCUGGCACCCAGGGGAGGCAGAAGCAGGCAGAUCUUUGAUUCCAGGCCAGCCCAGCCCAGCCUAACAAUGAGGUCCUGGCCAGUCCAGGCUACAUAGUGAGAUCUUGUUUCAAAACAAAAACAACUGAGUGCGGUAUCAUACACCUUUAAUUCCAGCAGCUGGGAUGCAGGGGCAGUGGAUCUCUGUGAGCUCCAGGCUAGCCAGACAUAGUGAGUUCCAGGCCACUUGAGGUUAUGUUGUAAGACCCUGUCUUAAAAUAAAACAAAAGGAAAAAAAACCUCAAAAGGGACAGUUGGCCUAGUUCCCACCCAGACUCCACCUUACCUCUCUCUGUGUGUCCUUGAACCGCAGACUGGUGGCCAUAUUGCUGGUUGGCAAGUGAGCUGUUAGGGUCGGGUCGCUCUCUCCCUUUCUGCUCCUGAGGAAGUUUCCGGCUUCCGGCUUGAGUCUCACAGGACCAAGGCCAGCCAGGUGGCGCUUGUGUCUGAGCUGCAGAGUGGAUUAUGAAGAACAUUGGGCUUAGAGCUCUGGUGCUCAAUAAAUGUUUAUUGUUGAAUGAGUCAUAACACCUGAGGCCAGUCUGCAAAAUGGAGGUGUCUGGGUCCAGGUCCUUGUCUUCCUCUCUCUGCCAAUCUUCCCUUAUCUAUGCAAUGCCAGUUGCUGUUCCCUAUGGCCUUGGCAGGUCCUUUACUCCUCUGACAUCUGAUUGAGAGCUGGGGAUCCCUGUGAGCUGUGAGGAACCUCAUCUGCCACCAGGGGGCAUGAAGACACAGUAUUCCAUGGAGCCUUUGGAAGACGGGAUUUCUAAUCAGGGAUGUCUGUAUUUUUCUAGUCCCAGGCCACUCUUCUUGGGGCUUAGAGGGAUAUGAAGAGAGAAUUAAAGACAUUUACUACA